AUGAAAAAAAAAUAUAUGAUUUUAUUUAAAUAUAUUAAAGUGAAAAACUUUAUUGUAAAACAAAGUAAUUUUAAAACAUAUUGUGAUUUUACUGAAAAAAAAAAAAAGAUAAAUCAUAUUUCAUAUUCUCUGCCUAUAGAAAAAGAAAAUGAGAAAUAUAAUUUCGAAAUAUUAAUUAAAACAAUAAAGAACAGGGCAGAUGAAUAUAAUCUAAUAAAAAUAAAAGAAAUACAAGAUAAAAUUUUAAUUCACCUUAAUAAUUUUAAUAUAAAUGAAGUAAUAUCAAUAUUUAUAUAUUCCUUCAAAUAUAACUUACUAAAUUCAAAGAUACUAGCUGAGAUAAUUGAAUACUUAUUUCGGAAUUCUUGUUUUUUAAAUUCUAAACAUCUUUAUGUCUUAAUGUUAAUAAGAAAAAAGUUAUAUUCUGAAAAUAUUAAUUAUCUCUUUAAUGAAAAAAAUGAAAGUAUUAAUAAAACAAAAGAUUUUAUAAAAGAUAUUGAUGAAAAUUUUUCUUGGAAAAUAAAAUAUUACAAGGAAAUUGAAGAAAAUAUAUUCUCUUCUACUAAAAAUGGAGAUUGUUCAAAUGAAAAAUGUAUUCAAGAAAUUGAAGAUAAUACACUAAAUAAGUGGUGCUAUUCCAAUAAAAUAGAAAUAACUGAAAAAAAUGCAAAAGAAGAGGAAAUAUAUAAAAAUGAUAUAUAUAAAUAUGAAGUAAAUAAAAAAUUUCAAACAUUUUUACAAGAACAUUUUAUAUUAAAUGAAGAAGAUAUCUCUACCGAAAUGAAAAAAGCAUACUUAAAAAUUAAAAAUAUAUUGUUACAUAAUUACAAUAAUAUUUAUUUGAAUAUAAAAAACAAUAUGUAUACCAGUUUGUUAUUACUAAAUUAUUUAUAUGAUGAAGAUAUCAUUAAAAAAGAAGAAUUCUUAAAAAUUGUGUAUAAUAUAAAUAUAGAAUUUAAUUUAGAUAUAUUUCAUAAUAAUAAAAGUGAUAAAAAUAGCUCUUACUCUAAUUCUAUUAUUAAUUUAUAUAUCCAAGAACAAAGUAAAAAUGAAACUAUUUAUGAUUUAUAUAUUCUUACGCAUUUUAAUUUAUUAAAAAAUAUGUUUAAAAAAAGUAACUAUAUUAGUGAUGAACAUUUAUUUGAAAAAAUUGAAAACUUUAUUUCAUUAGAUGAAGAAGCUUACAUAAAUAAAAAAUUGUAUUUUGAUACAUUUAAAAUGUUUUUUGAUAAUUGUUUACAUAUAAAAGAUAAUAUUAAUUAUUUAAAAUUACUUUAUUUGAAUAUAAUAUCCCAAGAAAUAUUUAAAUUAUUCAGUGAUAAUAAAGUAUGUAAAAAUAUAAAAAUAAAUUAUAUAGUUCUUAGAAAUAUAAAAUGUGUAAAUAUCUUAAAAGAAAAAGACUCUAACCUUACUUAUUAUUUUUUAAGUAUAUUAUAUUAUCUUAGAAAAAAUAAUCUAUUAAAUUACAAGAUGAAUUUAUAUGAUGAUAAUUUAUUUGAUAUAGAAAAACUUCACAGUAAAUAUUUGCUUUUUCUAAAUUCAUUAAAUAAUUAUAAUUUAUACGAAAUUUUUAUAGAUAAUAAUACUUCAGAAGAUGAGUUUGAUACUAAAUAUGUAAAAAAAAAUAAAAAAAAAGAGAAUAAAAAAAUAGAUGAGUUAAAGAAUAAUUUUUUUUGUUACUUUAUGAUAGAAUUUACUUUUAAUAUUAUACAAUAUUUCAAUAAAACAGAUAUAUAUGUGAAAUUACUUAUUUUUAAGUGUAUAAGACUGUUAGAUUUUAAAAAUGAAUAUUUAAUUGAUAUAAUUAAUGAACAUUUUUUUAACUUUUUUAUAAGGAAAUCAUUUUAUAUUGACAAUAACUAUUUUUUUUAUUUUUUGGAAUAUUUACUAAUACUAGUCCUUUAUUUUCCCUCGAAUUUUUUUUAUUUAUUAAACUACAUAGAUAAAAAUAAAUUUAAAAAUUUACUAGAUUCAGUUAAAGAAAAAAAAAUAUAUAUAUAUAAACUAAAGAAAAUAUAUGAUAAUAUUAAUGUAAAAAUUAAUGAAAAUGAAAAAAAGGUAAAAAAUAAUUUAAAAAAUGAAUGUUUUAUCAAUUAUAAUAUAAAAGAAAUUCAAAGUUUUCAAAAUAUUUUAUAUGAUUUUUUAUUUUUGUAA